AUGGCUGUUCUCUUCCUCCUAGGCUCCCUCCUUGGAGCGCUGGCACUCUACAUUUUCGGCGUCAUAGUCUAUCGACUCACCCUUCACCCUCUGGCUUCUUACCCGGGCCCUUUCCUCGCAAAGAUCACCGACAUCUACCUUGCCUACUAUGCCUACAAAGGCUCACGGCAUCUCGCUUUCCACCGUGCACACGAGAAAUACGGUACAUACGUGCGCCUAGGACCCAACUUGCUCUCCGUCAACACGGCAACCGGUUUGAAAACUAUCUAUGGGUUCCGCUCCAAUGUCAAGAAGGCAUCAUUCUACGAAGCCUUCCCUAGCACACCAAAGGCCGUCAGCGUGCACAGCGCAAUUGACAAAAUGCAACAUGCCCGGAAAAGGAGAGUCAUGAGCCAUGCAUUCAGCGAUUCUGCAAUCAAGAGUCUGGAAAAGUACAUCCUGGCCAAUGUACGCGUUGGCUGUGAAAUGCUCGCGCGCAAAAGCAACAAUUGGUCUUCCGGGAAAGCCAUGGGCGACGAGAAAGACGGUGGCUGGAAUGACGUCUGGAAUGCCGCGCACUGGUGCGAGUGGCUUGUCUUUGACAUCAUGGGCGAUCUAGUAUUCGGAAAGGCUUUCGGCAUGUUAGAAAGCCCUGCUAAUCGUUUCGCUACCGAGUUGGUUGGCAACGCAGCACAUCGCCAUUUGAUUUGUGGUACGCAUCUUACCAUCCACAACUGGCACUUGGACAAGCUGUUCUUCCGCAAGAUUGCUGGCCAGCGUGCACAGUAUAUGCAGUACAGCAAGGGACAAGCCAUGGAGCGCACCAAGCUGGGCCUAGAUGUUGAUCGCAAGGAUUUUUUCUACUAUCUGCUGAACGCCAAGGAUCCAGAAACUGGCAACGGCUUCAGCAUGGAUGAGCUGUGGGGCGAGUCGAAUUUGCUUAUCAUCGCCGGCUCGGAUACUACUUCAACAGCCAUGGCCGGUACAAUGUUCUAUCUCGCAAACAACCCUUCAGCUAUGCAAAAGGUGUGCAAGGAAAUCCGUGAAACCUUUGCUGAUGUCGAGGAAAUCGUCACUGGACCCAAACUCAGCGGCUGCUCUUUCUUGCGCGCGUGCAUUGAUGAAACGAUGCGCAUGACGCCCCCGGUGGCCGGUGCUCUUCCCCGAGAGGUUCUCACUGGAGGUCUAGAUAUCGAUGGCCGCCACAUUCCUGCCGGAGUAGACGUCGGUGUUCCCAUCUACGCAAUCCACCACAACCCUGAGUACUUUCCUCAACCAUUCGAUUACAUUCCUGAGCGCUGGCUUCCAGACCCUACGGUAAACCCUCACCAUAGCAGUCUCCAGGCGGCUCAGUCAGCAUACAACCCAUUCAGCAUUGGUCCCCGUGGGUGCAUUGGUAAGGGUCUGGCGUAUGUCGAACUGACUGUGACGAUUGCAAGAGUUUUGUACUUGUACGAUCUGAGAUUAGCUCCCGGUAUGACUCUGGGUGCAGGAAGCAAGGAGCUGGAGGAGGGCAGGAAUAGGGAGACUGAGUACCAGAUCAUGGAUGUAUUCGCCAGCAAAAAGGAUGGACCAAUGCUGCAAUUUCGCGCACGAUCAUAG